AUGAACCUUUCUUCUGGACAUCCCUCCAUGGCCUCAACUGUGAAAAGACAUCGGCAGAACACGGAAGGAGACGCUCCGCGAUAUAAAAAGACCAGAACGGACAACAGUUCGGUCACGUCACCUGAGACCAGCACUAUAAUAGGGGCCUCUUUUUCUGCCUCUGAGAAGAAAAUCGACUCCAACGGCGAUUUCUACUGGAAUAUCUCGCGUCUCCGUCGGCUGACGGUUUCCUCCUUCAAAGGCCGUAUCCUGGUCAGCGUGAGAGAGUACUAUGAAAAGGAUGGACAAGAACUCCCGGGUAAAAAGGGGAUAUCAAUGCCUUUGGAUCAGUUUAAUACUCUGAUCCAAUUAAUACCCAAUGUUGAAACGGCUAUUAAAGAGAAAGGCGGAUCUCUGGAUAGACCGAAUUAUGUUGACGGUGAAAACAAGGAGUUCUCCAGGAGUAACCCAGCGCAAGAAAGUUCGGGCUCGGAGUCUGACAAAUCUGAAGAUAAUUAG